AUGAGCCGCGCCACCAGCGACAUCCUGGCGGUGUGCCUGCUGCAGAAGCUGGGGGGCGCCAAGAAGAUGAUGCGGGUGGCCCCGCUCUUCGAGACCAGGGAGGACCUGAUCAACGCGCCCAAGGUGGUGGACGCGGCGCUCGGCUUGCCGUGGUACAAGAACCACGUGCAGGGCAAGCAGGAGGUGAUGCUGGGCUACUCUGACUCCGUGAAGGACGCCGGGAAGUUCGCCUCCACCUGGGAGCUGCACCGCGCCAUGGAGCAGGUCCUCGAGGUGGGCCGCAAGCACGGGGUGGAGAUCACCUUCUUCCACGGGCGCGGGGGGUCCAUCGGCCGGGGCUCGGGGCCCCCGCACCUCAUCCUGCUGGCGCAGCCCGCGGGGUCCUUGACCAAUGGCCACCUGCGCCUCACCAUCCAGGGGGAGACCAUCGGCCGGCACUUCCCCUCCGCAGAGGUGGCGGAAAGGACCCUGGAGCAGUACUCCACCGCGGUGCUGGAGCACACGCUGGCGCCCCCGCCGCUGCCCAAGCCCGAGUUCCGCGCGGCCAUGCAGGAGCUGGCGGAUAUUUCGGCGGAGCACUACCAGAACACCGUCUUCAAGAGUGAGAAGGACAUCUUCGUGCGCUUCUUCCACACCUUUACGCCCACCUCAGAGCUGGGGCAGAUGAACAUCGGCUCGCGCCCAGCCAAGCGCCGGUCCUGGGGCGGCAUCGACACCCUGCGGGCUAUCCCCUGGAUCUUCGCCUGGACGCAGACGCGGCUGCUGCUGCCGGUGUGGCUGGGCAACGGUCUGGCGCUCCAGAAAUACAUCGACUCUGGCAAGCUUCCGCUGCUGCAGCAGAUGUACAAGGAGUGGCCCUUCUUCCGCUCGAUGCUGGACCUCAUCGACGUGGAGCUGGGCAAGGCUUCGCCGCAGAUCACGGAGCACUACGAGAGCAAGACGUUGCAGGAGGAGGACCUGAAGCAGCUGGGCGCCGGCCUGCGGCAAGGCCUGGACCAGGCCAUCAAGAACCUCCUGCAGGUGAAGGGCGCCACUGAGCUCAUGGCCGGGGAGCCAAACCUCAAAACGGCCCUGGCGAUGCGCCGGCCCUUCCUGGACUCCGCGCACGCCAUCCAGGCGGAGGUGCUGAAGCGCCUCAGGAACGCCAAGGAGGGCGAGGUGCCUCCGGAGCUGCGCGAUGCCAUGAUCAUCAGCAUCCAGGGCAUCGCCGCGGGCAUGCAGAACACCGGCUGA